GGUCGCAACUCUAUGGUUCCGGGAGGCGGGGCCUGCGGCCCGGUGCAUGCUGGGCCGGCGGCGGACUGUGCGGGGGCUGCAGUCAUGGCCGCCGUUCUGUUUUCUGGGCUCUGGUUAUGGGCUGUGUUGCUUGUCCCUGCGGCCGCGGUGUACGAAGACCAAGUGGGCAAGUUUGAUUGGAGACAGCAGUAUAUUGGGAAGCUCAAGUUUGCCUCCUUGGAAUUUUCCCCAGGAUCCAAGAAGUUGGUUGUGGCCACAGAGAAGAAUGUGAUUGCAGCGUUAAAUUCUCGUACUGGGGAAAUCUUGUGGCGCCAUGUUGACAAAGGCUCGGCAGAAGGGGCUGUGGACGCCAUGCUGCUCCACGGACAGGAUGCAGUCACUGUGUCUAAUGGAGGCCGCAUCAUGCGCUCCUGGGAGACUAACAUUGGGGGCCUCAACUGGGAAAUAACCUUGGACAGUGGCAGUUUCCAGGCACUUGGGCUGGUAGGCUUGCAGGAGUCAGUGAGGUACAUCGCGGUCCUGAAGAAGACGACUCUCUCUCUCCAUCACCUCUCCAGUGGGCACUUGAAGUGGGUGGAGCAUCUCCCAGAAAGUGACAGUAUCCACUACCAAGUGGUGUAUUCCUACGGCUCUGGGGUAGUGUGGGCCCUCGGCGUUGUGCCCUUUAGCCACGUGAACGCCGUCAAGUUUAACGUGGAGGAUGGAGAGAUUGUUCAGCAGGUCAGGGUUUCGACUCCGUGGCUGCAGCGUCUCACUGGAGCCUGUGGCAUGGUGGCAGAGGCUGUCUUGGUGUGCCCUGACCCGGGCUCGCGCUCUCUUCACACUUUGGCCCUGGAGACAGAAUGGGAACUGCGGCAGAUCCCACUGCAGUCUCUUGAUUUAGACUUUGGAAGUGGAUUCCAGCCCCGAGUGCUGCCCACACAGCCUAACCCUGUGGAUCCGUCUCGGCCGCAGUUCUUUCUGCAGUUGUCCCCAAGCCACUAUGCCCUGCUGCACUACCACCAGGGGACUCUGAGUCUGCUCAGACACUUCCCCCAGACUGCCCUUGUGAGCUUUGCCACUACCGGGGAGAAGACAGUGGCUGCAGUCAUGACCUGUCGGAAUGAAGUGAAGCCUAGCAGUUCUGAAGAUGGGUCCCUGGGGAGCUUUUUGGAGAAGGCCACUGUACAGGACUCAGUGGCUUGCUUCAAUCAGACCUACACAGUUAACCUCUAUUUAGUGGAGACGGGUCGACGGCUGCUGGACACCACGAUUACGUUCAGCCUGGAGCAGAACGAUACUCGACCUGAGCGACUCUACAUCCAGGUGUUCUUGAAGAAGGAUGACUCAGUGGGCUACCGGGCCUUGGUGCAGACGCAGGACCAUCUGCUACUUUUUCUGCAGCAGCUGGGGAAGGUGGUGCUGUGGAGCCGUGAGGAGUCCCUGGCAGAGGUGGUGUGCCUGGAGAUGGUGGACCUCCCCCUGACUGGGGCACAGGCAGAGCUGGAAGGAGAAUUUGGCAAGAAAGCAGCAAUUCAAGACGGCCUGCUGGGGAUGUUCCUAAAACGCCUCUCGUCUCAGCUCAUCCUACUGCAAGCGUGGACUUCCCACCUCUGGAAAAUGUUCUACGAUGCUCGGAAGCCCCGAAGUCAAAUUAAGAACGAGAUCAACAUUGACACCCUGGCCAGGGAUGAAUUCAACCUGCAGAAGAUGAUGGUGAUGGUAACAGCCUCGGGCAAGCUUUUUGGCAUUGAGAGCAGCUCUGGCACCAUUCUGUGGAAACAGUACCUACCCAGUGUCAAGCCAGAUUCCUCCUUUAAGCUGAUGGUCCAGAGAACUACUGCUCACUUCCCCCACCCCCCACAGUGCACACUCUUGAUAAAGGACAAGGAAACAGGAAUGAGUUCUCUGUACGUCUUCAAUCCCAUUUUUGGGAAGUGGAGUCAGGUAGCCCCCCCGGUGCUGAAGCGCCGUGUCUUGCAGUCCUUGCUUCUCCCAGUCAUGGAUCAAGACUAUGCCAAGGUCUUGCUGUUGAUAGACGAUGAGUACAAGGUCACAGCUUUCCCAGCCACUCGGAAUGUCUUGCGACAGCUGCAUGAGCUUGCCCCAUCCAUCUUCUUCUAUUUGGUGGAUGCAGAGCAGGGGCGGCUAAGUGGAUAUCGGCUUCGAAAGGACCUCAGCACUGAACUGAGCUGGGAGCUGACCAUCCCCCUGGAGGUGCAGCGGAUCGUCAGGGUGAAGGGGAAGCGCAGCAGCGAGCACGUCCACUCCCAGGGCCGGGUGAUGGGGGACCGCAGUGUGCUCUACAAGAGCCUGAACCCCAACCUGCUGGCCGUGGUAACAGAGAGCACGGACGGUCACCACGAGCGCACCUUUAUCGGUGUCUUCCUCAUUGAUGGAGUCACGGGGCGCAUCAUCCACUCCUCGGUGCAGAAGAAAGCCAAGGGCCCUGUCCACAUCGUGCACUCAGAGAACUGGGUGGUGUACCAGUACUGGAACACCAAGGCUCGGCGCAAUGAGUUCACAGCCUUGGAGCUCUACGAGGGGACCGAGCAGUACAAUGCCACCGCCUUCAGCUCUCUGGACCGCCCACAGCUUCCCCAGGUCCUACAGCAGUCCUACAUCUUCCCCUCUUCCGUCAGUGCCAUGGAAGCCACCAUCACUGAGCGGGGCAUCACCAGCCGACACCUGCUGAUUGGGCUACCUUCCGGAGCAAUUCUUUCUCUCCCUAAGGCCUUACUAGAUCCCCGGCGUCCUGAGAUCCCAACAGAACAAAGCAGAGAGGAGAACCUAAUCCCCUAUUCUCCAGAUGUACAGAUCCACGCAGAGCGAUUCAUCAACUAUAAUCAGACCGUCUCUCGAAUGCGUGGUAUCUACACAGCUCCCUCGGGCCUAGAGUCUACAUGUUUGGUCGUAGCCUAUGGUUUGGACAUUUACCAAACUCGAGUCUACCCAUCCAAACAGUUUGAUGUCCUGAAGGAUGACUAUGACUACGUGUUGAUCAGCAGUGUCCUCUUUGGCCUGGUUUUUGCCACUAUGAUCACUAAGAGGUUGGCACAGGUGAAACUCCUGAAUCGAGCUUGGAGGUAGACUGGAGACUCCAAGCCCAAGCGGAGAGCUGUGGUAGUCAGCUGAGGUGCUACAGCUGUGGUUUGGCAGAUCGGUGGAACGUGUGUUGGGUUCUGCCGUCUGUUGAAUUGGAGGCAAUGUGGACCUUACCGUAUAACUGCUUUUGAGACACACGGUGCACGAUCCUGUGGAUAAAGACAGCUCAUUCACCCCAACUGAGGAUCUCCAAGCAUCUGAUGGACUCUUCCCCCCACCCCUGCCACCAAAGUCUGAGGCCACUGCCAUUUCUUUUUUUUGCCCAUUUGUGCAUGUUCUGUUUUAAAAUAAGACCUCUAACUGAACCAGGCCAAGUGACCCACCAUUGUAAUCCCAAUGCUCUGCUGGGUUGAGGCAGGAUGAUUGUAAAUUUAAGCUCAGCCUGGGGAAUUUAGUGACUUUUAAAGAGACCCUGACUCAACAUAAAAGGGCAUGGGUGCUGGAGCUGUACCUCACUGAGAAGGCCUGGGUUCAACCCCCAGUACAACAAAACAGAGUAAAACCCUUCAUCUGACUUUUUCCUUUUUAAAAAAUUUUUAUUGGUACCUGCUUACAGUGCCUAACAAUUUACACUCAUCAUGGCUGAUUUUAUUUUUCCUAUGCUGAGGAUCAAACCCAGAGCCUCAUGCAAGCUAGGCAAGGGCGCUAACAUUGGGCUACAUCCCAAGCUUUGUUGUCCUGGUCCCCUAACCCUGUCCCCAUCCCGGGAAUCCAACUCAGGGCCUGGCACUUGCCAGGCAGCUGUGGCGCUGAUGUUCCUCCUUUGCAAGGCCUGUUUAAGUUGACUUCAGCUUGCCUUUUGCGUUCCCCAGUCUUGGAUAUCCCAACUUUUCCCUGUCUCUUGCCGCACAGUUGGUAGGGAGCCUGUUGGCAGCUUUACCUUGUAGGUGCAUUUGCUCCUUGACCUGGACGGGUGGGGAAACACAGGAUCUGUCCUUGGCUGGGGUUUGCCGACUGACGCAGCCUCUGGGGGCUUCUUUCCGAAUCUAUGUGUGAUGUCAAAACUAACUUUAAGCCUCCGGUGCAGUGAUGGUGAAUGUUUUAGAGCUUUCAGUGCUGAGAAGCAGCUGGCUGCAGCACACGUGCCAUAGAUUCCCUGCCGCUGCCUUGCUCUGGUAUCACGCUCUUCUUCCCGAGACAGGGUCUUGCUGUGUGGCUCAUGCUUACCUUGAACUCACUGUGGAGCCCAGGCUGGCCUCAGCUUCCUGAGUACUGAGUACUGGGAUUACAGGUGUGUGCCACCACACGCGGCCCUUGUACUCUCAUAAGGUCAAGCCACCCAGUCUCCAGUUUAUCGGAGCCAAGUUCAUACAGCAUCUUGGUUUGGUGGUCACUGCCUACAUGUUUCUCCUAAGAUGUGUUAGAACAAAGGCCUUUUUCAAACUCUUGAGUUGUCUGAACCUGAAGAGAUUUGUCUCAUUUUGCCCACACUGGCCUAGUCAUCGUAAAACCCAGAGAAAGAUGCUCUAAAAGACCUUAUUUUUAGUUUUGCAUGUGUGUGUGUGUAUGCAUGCGUGUGUGGGUGUGUUGGGGAACGAAUGCACACCCUCCUGUGCGCUACCUCUGAGCUACACCCCUCAGCUAGUUGUAGGUCUAAAUUAGUAUGUCAUUAUAUUUCCUUUAAAAUGAGCAGACUUAAGGCUUACUUAUCUUUUGAGUGUGGUAUUAAGGAUCAAACCUAGGCCCUCACAUAUGCUAGGAAAACACUACCGGUGAGCUCCAUCCCCAGCCCUGGAUCUAACCAUUGAAGCUUAAACGAGAGGAGGAAAAUGGUCCAGGUAGGAAACUGGCCUCUUAUAGAUGCUACAUUGCUAAUUGGCUGGGCUGUGGUGUCCUUCCUGCAAAUUAAAAAGACUUUCCUUGAGGGCCUGGGAUCUAACUCAGUGGUGCUGCUGCCUGCCUCACAAGCACAAUGGACCUGAGUUCAAUCCCCGGUACCAGGAAGAAAAAAUUUUUUUUCCUUAUUUUUCCUUGUUCAUGGAUUUGGGCGAUCAUAAUCACAGGACUUUGCUGUGAAUGUAGGCCCAUAGUGAGAGGUACUGUGUGACAGAAUAAAGUAAAAGAUGAAUGAUUCUGACCUAAGUCCUUUUUGUGUCUUAGGAAGAUCACUUGAAGUCUACCUUUUUUUUGGUACUGGGGAUCAAACUUGGGACGUUGCACUUGUGAGGCAGGUGGCGGAACCACUGAGCUAAGUCUUCAGCCCUCUUGAAGUCUGCUUUUAUAUUGGGAGAAAAAUAGUGCAGAAAUGGAGUGCAUUAGUAAGAAAAUGUGCCAACUUAUUGUAUGAAUUGGUUCAUAUUACUUUAAAACAAAUUUUUUUCAUCUUUCUGUGGUCGUAGGCUGAUGUAGGUUAUAGCCCAGAAGGAAGAAAACUGAGCUGUUUCAUUUUAUAAAUAAAACUGUCAAAUCAUAUUAAUAAAGGAAUGAACACCUGAGUUAUCUCCAGAAAAAAACAGGCUCCUCUUCAUUUUGACUCAAGGCAUCCUUUUUUUUUUUUUUUUGGUACCAGGGAUUGAACUCGGGUCCUUGUGCUUGCAAGGCAGGCCAUCGAACCGCUGAGCUAAAUCCCUGCCCCCGCUUUCUAAGGCAUACUUUUAUAAUGGAACCUGGCAGAAGGGAGUUAGUGCAAGUUAAGAAAUGUGCCCUAGUACCGAGAUAGCGUGGCUGGAGCUGUAACAUCAGCUGUUGUCUUACUGCGUACUCUGCUUGCACAGCCCUGUCUACAAGAGUAGUCUUCAUUCACCUCUGUGCUGGAAUCCCAAAGACUAAGCUAAUGGAAGGGAGGUUUACUUGCCCUUUCAUGAAAUUCCCUGUAUUUUGGCUUUACUGUAGAUUACCUCAAAUCGGGUGCUUAAAAUAGCGAAUGCCCAGCCUUGUCUUAGGUCUGGGGUUUGAACCCAGGUUCUCAUGCCUCAUAGGCAAGAGCUUCACCACUGAACUCGCUGCAGCUCCUCCUGCGGCUUUGGAGACCAUGUUUCCUCAUUUCUCCAAUCCAUUUGCCUUUUUGUCUUUCACUGUGUAUAACCCUCGAGCCCUCUCUUCGUUAAUUAGGUUACUUUGAGGUCCCCCUAACAAUGUUUCAUUUGGAACGAGUGAAUCCUCAGUAUUUUCUAGGCCAGUUUUUAAAGUUAGUUGGAGCAUCAUACUAGAUCUUUUGGCAUAAAGUUUUGCAGCAGUCCCUGCUGGAAAUAAACUGGUUUGUGGCUUUUUUUCUUCUUAGUCUUUGACUUGUAAGAGGAAUCAAUUAUUGAGAUAUGUGCAUCAAUUAAAUGCAGAAUUCCAGCUAGAAAGCUGGGGAUGUAGCUGUGUGAAGAUCUAAUGUUCAGUCCCUCAUCAAACAAAAAAUUCUGG